CGCUGGUCUUGCCGCGAAACUGUAGAGUCGUGAAAGGGACCUCCAGAGUUGUGUCCCCCAUUUCCACCUCCAGGUCAAGAUGAAGCCCAGUCGAGGAUCUGAGAAAGCCUCCACACAGCGGCCCAAAAGCAGUGCCUGGGGCAGGAAGAGGGGCCAGGAAAAGCCUUCACAGGAUGCAGGGCCCAGCAAAAAAGCUGUGAAGGAAGAUCAGCAGAAGGGAAGUGAACCCCAAAAAGGUCAACCAAAGAGGAGAGUGAACCAUGGUGCUGUUGCAGGGAAGGUCAAAGGUCAGGAGAAGUGGAAACUGCUGCCUAAGACCUCUAUUACGGCUCUUGGCAGCAUGCUGGAUUUGUCUGCACUGUCUGUUCUGACCAUGAGAAAAAAGGACAAAGAGGAAUUUCAGAGAUAUCUUAACCUGCUGAAAGACAGAUUUCUGGCCAGCUGUGUUGAUCUCAAAGUUCCCCCUCGGAAACAAGGUGACAUAAUCCAGGGUUUUUGCCUCUGCCAGGCAGAGAGUAAAAAGAACACUGUGGGCAAGAAAACUUUGCAGACCCUUGAGGGCGAGGUGAAUGCUAUAGUCAAGACGCUGGAGGAGAUGGAGAUGAGGAUGAAGAAACUAGAGCAGAACCGACUGAGGCUGAGAGCCCAGCUGGAGGAAGAGGAGGAGCGCAUCCAGGAGAUCCUGCAGCGGUCUGAGCAAGGAGUCCUGAACCUGCCCCCUUUUCCCCCACAGACAGCCCCAGAACUCCCCCUACAGGAGCAAAUGGCAGGAAUGGUGAAGGACCCCAGCACUGCUGCCCACUUAGCAGGGAUGCUGCAUUGUUCGCUGGAGACGCAGGAGCUGCGCGCCUUCCUGGAGCUGGCGCACCUCCAGGCAGACCAGCUGCUGCUGACCAGCUCUCACAGGUGGCCUUCAGUGGCCACGUGGGAUGUGGACAGUGACGUGUUGUGGGGGCCCAAACAGAAAGAGACAUCCAAUUCCCGUCACCCCCCACUGCAUCACUCUCACAGGCACCGAUACUACUGCUGAGCUCAUUCACAAAGUGGGACUUCAGAAGAGUGAGGGGCAGAUAGUCACGUCUCUUCAUCGUGAUUCACACAUCUGUUGUUUUUGUGAGCUAAAACUUUGACUGAAUUCAGGAUUUCUUUGUUAAAUAAUUUGUUAAAUCUGUGAAGCAGAU